UUUCAUUGCCAUAAGUAGCUCGAUAUUAACUUAUACGAACGUAUUGUUUUAAGAAUAAAUUUGUUUUGAACUAAAAUAUAGCUUUUUUUUUUUUGUAUAAUUCAAAGGAAAGACCUAAACUUGUUACAAUAACUAUACAUGCACUUUUGCAAGGCCGUUUACAAGCAGAUAGAACCUUAACUAUUAUGUUUUUCAUAUCAGUUUGGUCUUUUCAUAAUUCUUUUGAGCACUCCGGCAGCUGCAACCUUAGUGUGCCUGUAUUAUUAAAUACAUAAACAUAAAUUUUCGGUGCUCAAAAAAAAAACAGUUUAAAAAUUAAAAAUGUGUAAUUUAUCAGAUAUACGAAAAUUUAACAAACAAAACAAAGUCUAACCUUUGAAGAUUAAAAUAUGGCGAGCAUAGUUCUUAUAGCUUGUCUGGCUGUAUUGGGUCUAAUUAUUGCUAUCGCUCUUUUUCUGGCUGGCGGAUACUUGUGGUGGAGGCAUAAAAGAUCCCAAUUACAGUUUAUUGAACCAAAUGAAGACGAAGAAUCUAGUAGCUAUAGUCUUAGGGCUGCUCAGGAUAUUGCUGACUCCGGUAAUCCACCUACAAAACCGCAAGUGCCGGUAACACAAGCUAUCACGACUCCUCUUCAAAAUAACAUUAACAGGAAAUUGAAUGGAUUUUUAAGUCUAAGAACUCCUUUAAUUGGUGGUUCGGGAACUACACAAACAAAGCCACAAAAUGUUUCCUCUGUAGGAAACGCUGGAGAUAGUACAACUAAGGAUUCCGCUAACAAAAGUAUCUCAAUGACAGACAUGUACCUGGAUAGCAACGAUCCGAGUGAAAAUGUUGGACAAAUACAUUUUUCUUUAGAGUACGAUUUUCAAAAUACAACAUUAAUUUUAAAAGUUCUGCAAGGAAAGGAGCUUCCAGCAAAAGAUUUAAGUGGUACUUCCGACCCAUAUGUUCGUGUAACCUUGUUACCUGAUAAAAAACAUAGAUUGGAGACCAAAAUAAAACGACGAACCCUAAAUCCUCGAUGGAAUGAAACAUUUUACUUUGAGGGAUUUCCAAUUCAAAAACUUCAAUCACGUGUUUUACACUUACAUGUGUUUGAUUACGAUCGAUUCUCAAGAGAUGACUCCAUAGGAGAAGUUUUUCUUCCCCUAUGCCAGGUUGACUUUGCUGGUAAACAAUCAUUUUGGAAGGCAUUAAAGCCCCCUGCGAAGGAUAAAUGCGGAGAACUGCUUUCCUCCCUGUGCUAUCACCCGUCGAACUCAAUUUUGACGUUAACAUUGAUCAAAGCGAGAAAUUUAAAAGCUAAGGAUAUCAACGGAAAAUCUGAUCCCUACGUAAAGGUUUGGCUUCAGUUUGGAGAUAAGAGGGUAGAGAAAAGAAAAACGCCUAUAUUUACAUGUACAUUAAAUCCAGUAUUUAAUGAAUCAUUUAGUUUUAACGUUCCUUGGGAAAAAAUUAGAGAAUGUUCCUUGGAUGUUAUGGUAAUGGAUUUCGAUAACAUAGGGAGGAACGAGUUAAUAGGGCGAAUAUUAUUAGCGGGUAAAAACGGUUCUGGAGCAUCAGAAACUAAACAUUGGCAAGACAUGAUCUCAAAGCCCAGACAAACUGUAGUACAAUGGCAUCGUUUAAAACCUGAGUAACUUUAAUCUUAAUUCAAUGACAACAUAAUAGUAACACCAGUAAGUAUAUCGGAGAAAACCGUACAUGAAUGUACAUAUGUUGAUUUAUACUUACAUACAUAGCAAUAUCAUACCAAAUUAAAGUAAAAAGGAAAACAAUUUAAAUCUGCACAAAGCUAAUGUUAUUAUGUUUGAAAAAUUAAAAUAAAAAAGCCAUACAAUUUAAACAAAGUAAUUGUUCUGAUAAGAGCAAUAGUUUUAUACGUGCUUAUCUGUAGAAAAAUGUUUUGUAAGAACAUUAUUAAAAAAUAUUAACUAUUCAAUAUUGUGAAAUUUGUUCAAAAAUUGUGUUAGCAUCGCAGAGUUUCAAUGUGUUCGAUCGCCACGAAAGUGAUCCCAAACACAAGGAUUUUGAGGAAAAAGGCCUGGAAGUUGGAAAAGUGUCUAUGUUUGAUAAUUUUGACUCUUAAUACCUAGUUUAGAGUCAAAUUACGAGUUAGGGUCGCAAUAGUGACUUUUCAACAAAAAAUUGCUUUCAGCAUAAACAAAAGAAUUUAGUAAUUCGAUUUAGACAUCACUAGUUUCAGAUUGUUAAAACCUUUCUAACUUUUAUAGUUUCCGUAACCUCGACCUUUAUAAGGUCAGAAAAGCAUUUGCUGCAUAUUUUUUAAAGAAUACAAUUUACCAAAUACAAUAUAUUCAAAUACAUUUAAUAAAAUGUAUAUUUUAAUUACUGUAUGAAA